UCUUGUGUUUUAAGUAAAACCCUUAGGAGUUCUACUUAUUAUUCUCUUAAUUUAAAAAAAAAAUGUCUCUUUUUCAUAUUUCAACCAUUUUUCUCGCUCUUGCUACCAUCUUUGGGGCUUCUAGGGCUCAAUUGAGCUCUACCUUUUAUGAUACCACAUGCCCUAAUCUAACAAGCAUUGUUAGUGGUGUUUUAGAGCCAGCUCGGAACAGUGACGUCCGACUUGGUGCCAAAAUUAUCCGUCUUCACUUCCACGAUUGCUUUGUCAACGGCUGCGACGCUUCGCUUUUGUUAGACGAUGCAACCGGCAUAGAUAGCGAGAAAAAUGCAAUACCAAACAAUUCAACAGAUGGUUUUGCAGUGAUUGAUGACGUUAAAACUGCACUUGAAAAUGUUUGCCCAGGAGUUGUCUCUUGUGCUGAUAUUCUGGCUCUUGCCUCUGAAAUUUUAGUCGUUUUGGAUGGAGGUCAAUCAUGGGAAGUGCAACUAGGAAGAAGAGAUAGCACAACCGCAAAUAGAGCUGGAACUAGUGCCAUUCCAGGUCCCACUGAAAGUCUAUCUAAUAUUACACAGAAGUUCACAGAUCAAGGACUUGACACAACUGAUCUAGUCGCUUUAUCUGGUGCACACACAUUUGGGCGAGCUCGUUGUGUCUCAUUCAAUCAACGUAUAAAUGCAAGCAACCCGGACCCAACACUCGAUGCCACAUAUUUACAAACUCUUCAACAAAAUUGUCAAUCCUCUGAUCAAAAUUUAAACAAUCUUGAUGUAACAACUCCCGAUGCCUUUGACAACAAUUACUACGUUAAUCUCCAAAACAACCGUGGCCUUCUCCAAACCGAUCAGGAAUUGUUCUCGACUUCCGGUGCUGCCACGGUGGCCAUCGUGAACCAGUAUGCCAGUAGCCAAUCUGCCUUCUUCAAUGCUUUUGGUGCGUCCAUGAUCAAGAUGGGAAAUAUAAGCCCUUUGACAGGCACCAAUGGUCAAAUUAGAACCAACUGCAGAAGGGUUAAUUAAUUAAUUUAGCUGGAUGGAUAUUUUAAGUGUAUGUUAUUAUGAGAUGUUCAAGUGUUUCUAUGUAUUGUUGGCAAGAAGUGUUGCCACCAGUUUUAAGUUUUCUUGAGUAAUAAAAUAAUUAAAUUUCCAUUUCAGGAUUAAGAAG